AUGAACCCAAUUCAAGCUUACCCCGCAGAGGGCGUCGUCGUCCAAGAUGCGCAUCACGAACAUUAUGCGCCCGAGGCAACCAACAACAAAACCGGUGCUGGCACAUAUGUGACAUCUGAAAAUGAGUUGCAUAAUGAUGCGCCUGGGAACGAAGUCCUGGAGCGUGAUGCACAGACUAAGGGACGUUGGUUCCAGUACCUCAAGACGAAGCAAUUCUGGAUCACUUUGGUGCUGGGGCAGGUCCUCGCUCUCUGCAUCACCGGUACCAACACUUUGUCGUCUCUCCUCGCCGAAGAGGGUACAUCAAUCCCGGCAUUCCAAUCCUUCUUCAACUACGUCCUGCUUAAUAUAAUCUACACAUCGUACACCCUUUACAAGUACGGUUUCAAAAAAUGGGGUCGUCUUGUCAUAAAAGAUGGCUGGAGAUUCUUCAUCCUCGCUUUUAUGGAUGUGGAGGGCAACUAUUUUAUUGUGUUAGCAUACCGCUACACAACCAUCCUUAGCGCCCAACUGAUCAACUUCUGGGCGAUCGCCGUUGUCGUAAUUAUCUCCUUCUUCUUCCUCAAGGUUCGCUACCAUUACACGCAAAUCUUCGGCAUCCUUCUGUGCAUCGGCGGUUUAGGUGUGAUCUUCGGUUCCGACCACAUCACGGGUACCAAUAACUUCGGCGCUACAGAUCAAGUAAAGGGCGAUUUGUUUGCGCUGCUCGGCGCUACUUUUUACGGUCUGUCCAACGUUUUUGAAGAGUGGCUAGUCUCUGAGAGACCACUAUAUGAAGUCGUUGGUCAACUGGCCUUCUGGGGCAUGUUCAUCAACGGUACGCAAGCUGGUAUCUUUGAUCGCGCUGCUUUCCGCAGUGCAGUUUGGAAUGCAAAGGUUGGUGGUUAUCUCACAGGGUACACACUCAUCCUUUCGCUGUUCUACUCACUUGCACCGGUUCUCUUCCGUCUCAGCUCCGCUGCUUUCUUCAACAUUUCCCUGCUUACCGGAAGCUUCUGGGGUGUAGCGAUCGGUGUCAAGGUGUUUGGACUGAACAUUCACUGGAUGUACCCUAUCGCUUUUGUUCUCAUCAUCAUCGGUCAGGUCAUCUACUUCCUGAGACAGAGUCUGGUGGGUGAGGCGUUGAAGCCGUGGUUGGGCAAAGAUCAGGAGAGGGGACAUGCUGGAGUAGGAACUGCGAAGAAGAGGGUUGUUAGACCCGAUGCUAUUGUCUAA